AUGCCUCUAGUAACACUCACCCCCGACGAGGUUGACGACCUGAUCUACUCCGCACGGGUCGGUGACGCUGAAGCAGUAGAAGCCGACCUCGCCACACUAAGCUCGACAUACAACGUCAAGCAGUCCGUUAUCAUCGCGUCGGCAAUCGACACGGCACCCGAAGAAGAGGGCGGCAGUGGAUGCUGUUUGCUGCAUUAUCCCGCCGCGAAUGGGAAUGCUGAUAUUCUCAUGAAGCUUACCACCACGCUUGUCUCGGCUCUGUCACCGACUGAGCAGGCGCUGACAGCCGAUGAGGUCAAGGCUGUGGUUAACCGCCGCAAUCACUCGGGUAACACACCACUGCACUGGGCAGCCCUCAACACGCAUCUGGAGUGUGUGAAGCUCCUUGUGGACGCUGGUGCGGACGUCUCGAUUAAGAAUGAGGCUGGGCUGGAUGCCAUCUUUUUGGCGGAGAGGACGGACUGGAAGACCCAAGAUGAGACCAGCCAGAGCCAGGGCCAGCCUGAAAGUGAAGAGGUAGAUGAGGCGGAGGUUGGCGCUGAUGCCGGUGCUGGGGAUGCCGGUUCUGUGUCUAAGGGGAGACAGGUGGUUGAAUGGUUGUUGGAGUUUGGGAACCCUGCAGAGGUGGAGGCUACCGGGACCGAGGAAUCGUGA